GUGGGUCUCCGAGCGGAUCUCGCGGGCCUGCACGCUCUGACACCCUCGGGUCUGGCUCCACCCUCCGCUGGCCCUUGGCUCAGCCCAGCGCCGCUCCAGCUCGAGGAUGCCCAGCUCCCGGCUGUGACCUGCGUCCUCCGCCCGGCCACUCCUUUUCCCUGAGAGCAAGCGUCCUGGGGCUCUUGUCUCGCCGCGGUGGCCUCUGAACCCCCCGCAUUCGUUAGUAGGAGCAGGGCGGGGACACCUCUCGGGAUCGUACCGCGGCCCUAGCGCACCCGGGUGGCGCCAGUGCGCGCGCGGGGCAGCUGCGGGCGACGGGGACGCGCGGAGGGGGACGCGGCAAGGGGGCGCCUGGAAGGGCAGCGGCGAGGGGCGCGGCGCCGGCGGAAGCUGGGGUGGGGGCACCCGGGUGCGAUGCUGUGAAGGGCGAGCGACGCGGCGGCGGCGGCGGCGAUGAGUGCCUCUGCGGCCACCGGGGUGUUCGUGCUGUCCCUCUCAGCCAUCCCGGUCACCUACAUCUUCAACCACCUGGCGGCCCAGCAUGAUUCCUGGACCAUUGUUGGCGUCGCUGCCCUCAUCCUGCUCCUGGUGGCCCUUUUGGCUCGGGUCCUCGUCAAAAGAAAACCCCCGCGGGACCCUCUGUUCUACGUGUAUGCAGUGUUUGGAUUUACCAGCGUGGUGAACCUCAUCAUAGGCUUGGAGCAGGAUGGCAUCAUCGAUGGGUUUAUGACCCACUACCUGAGAGAGGGUGAACCAUAUCUGAACACGGCCUAUGGGCACAUGGUCUGCUACUGGGAUGGCUCUGUUCAUUACCUGAUGUACCUGGUGAUGGUGGCCGCCAUCGCAUGGGAGGAAAGCUACAGAACCAUUGGCCUAUACUGGGUCGGAUCCAUUAUAAUGAGCAUUGUGGUUUUUGUGCCUGGAAACAUUGUAGGAAAAUAUGGAACACGGAUUUGCCCUGCAUUUUUCUUAAGCAUACCAUAUACAUGUCUUCCGGUGUGGGCCGGCUUCAGAAUCUAUAACCAGCCAUCAGAAAACUAUAAUUAUCCCUCAAAGGUUCUUCAAGAAGCCCAAGCAAAGGCCCUGCUGAGAAGACCAUUUGACUUGCUCUUGGUUGUGUGUCUCAUCUUGGCGACUGGAUUUUGCCUGUUCAGAGGCUUGAUUGCUCUGGAUUGCCCAGCCGAGCUCUGCCGACUCUACACACAGUUUCAAGAGCCCUACCUAAAGGACCCUGCUGCUUAUCCUAAAAUUCAGAUGCUGGCGUACAUGUUCUAUUCUGUCCCUUACUUUGUGAUUGCACUUUAUGGCUUAGUGGUCCCUGGAUGUUCAUGGAUGCCCGAUAUAACGCUGGUCCAUGCUGGAGGUCUAGCUCAGGCUCAGUUUUCUCACAUUGGUGCUUCACUUCAUGCUAGAACUGCUUACGUCUACAGAGUCCCCGAAGAAGCAAAAAUCCUUUUUUUAGCAUUAAAUAUAGCAUAUGGAGUUCUUCCUCAGCUCUUGGCCUACCGGUGUACCUACAGUCCUGAGUUCUUCCUAAGAACAAAGGCCGAUGAAAAGGUGGAAUAAACAUACCUCAGUUCUCUCUGACCCUGUUAUAUGGAACGGAUGCUCUACUUCAUUCCCUUCCAGGAUACUCACGAGAAUACAGAUUCUACAGUGGAUGUGGGAGUGAAAUAAUGGUAUUGUAUAGGUAUAUUCUCAUUUUUGAAGGGAAAUUCAAGUUGAGAAACAGCUUGUUUAAAGAAAUAUAUCAAAAUUUGUCUGUGAAUGUGAACAUGGAUCUUAACAUUGCACAUAUUGUGUAUGAAAAUUACAACUCUAGUGCCUACAAAUAGCAUAAAAGUGAAACUAUUUAGAAGUGACUAACCAUAUUCACUAUGCAUAUGAAACCAUCCAAAACUGCAAUUACAGGUUGGAGAAAUAACUUCGUAUGAAUUGUAUGAGUCAUUGACAACCUUAAUAUAAAUGCCAGAUCAUCAUAUUUUUAAGUUGUUUGAAGUGUCUUCAUAAGGAAAGUAUAUUACUUACUGCUGUUUUAAAAAAUUGCUAUCAAAACUUCUAUUGUGAACUUAAAUGGCUAAGAUGACACAAAUCAACUUUAUUAGUAGCCUUAAUGAACACUUGUUUUAUUGGUGGCUGGUAAUAUUUCUCUUGUGUUUCUGUGUAUACUAUCAAUAAAAUUAUUUUUGGUGUUUUAUGAAGACAAACUUUAUUAAAUUUGAAGUAUUUUAUGUAUACAUUUUCAUGACAAACUGAACUGUUUAUUUAAGAAAUCUGUUUUAUGUUCCAAUUUAAAAUGUUAUCUAUAGUCUCCAUAUGUUUUAGUGUGAUCAAUGAAAAGGUCUUUUGAUUAAUUUCAUUAAUUUUAGAAUAAAAUAUUUAAAAUUAAAAAGUACCUUUUAAAGAUAAAACCUGAUGUGGUGCCCUGUCUCUUAACGAACUUUCCAUACUUGGAACUAAGUACAACAGAGAAACCACUAAUUACUAAAUGACAAAAAUAAGCCCCAAACACAGUAGCCUCUUCAGUAUGCCCUGAAGGGUCAGUGGUCUGACUGCAUUUAGCUCUCACAGCCCAGCAUCCCCUUCAUCCUCACAUGACACUGGGCUUUUAGGUCAUCUUAACAGUUUGUCUUCAUGUUAAUUAGUUCUUCAACAACCUAAGACACCAGAGGGAAGUGGGAUGCACAUAGAGUUGUGUGUAAACAUAGGGGCCACUGAGCUGGUGUAUUCUCAGGUGUGCAGGCAGAUCAUACUGCUACGCCCUCCCAUCCCUCCCAAUGUUUUCAAUUAACCUAACAUCCAAAAUAGUUAAAGAGAAAAAAGAUAGAAAAAAUAAAAUCCUCACCUGCACUUAAUUAUUAUGUCAACUUGCUGUCAAUUUUUGCUUUAAUAUAGGAAUCACAUUAAUACUUCACAUUACACAUAUGAAGCCAAAUAAGACUAACUCAGUUGUUUACAACCUCAAACCUUACUCCCAGUACACAUUCCAAUAAAUUUAUUCUGUAAAAACAAUACAUUUUUUUUUGUUUUUGAUUUUUUUU